AUGUCGGGCGGAGGUCGGGGGGGGAGUGACUCCUCCAACCCGUGGGUUUUCGCGGAUGAUCUUAAGACCGACACGGAGCAGGAGCUGAAGGCGUUGCAUGCAGGCCCGGACCCCAGUCUUGCAUCGCUGCAGGCUUCCAAGUCCUUCCCGCCGGAGGUGGGCAAAGCAGCAGCGGCGAGCGCGACAGGCGCGGUGGGGGGGAGGGGGAACCUGGGGAACCUGCAGCCGCUGCCGGUCGCGCCCCCUACCGUGCCGUCUGGGGCGUCUUCUCCGCGUAGCGGCCCCUCCACGCCGCCUGAACCAUCGUCCAUGGGAGCUGUUGCAGGGAGAGGAGGAGCAGGAGGAUUAGGAGGAGCAGGGCCGUAUGGUUCUUCCCCUGCAAAACAGCCGUUGGAGCACAGGUCUUCCCAUCCGCACACCAUGUCGCCAGACAGACGGCUUCAAGCCUCCAACCCCCUUCCCCUCCCUCCCGCCAGACAAGUAGGCGCGCUGGGCUCAGGGCCAAUGUCCGGGAGAAUGGAAGCGCCAGCGCCAGGUGUAGGCCCAGGUGUUGGUUCAGGUGUAGGGUCAGGUGUAGGGUCAGGCGUAGCUGCAGCGCCAGGGCCGUACGGCAAUGAACCCACUGCGUCGAAUCCGCCAGUCCGCGCGCUCUUCCCUGUUCAUUCCACCCCUUCCCGGGACCUCGAAGCUGUUUCCGUGAACCAUCCGCCGUCGCACGAGGCUCCUCCGUCAAUCCUCGUCGGCCGAGGAGCAGCAGGGGGCGUGGGCGGUGCUGCUGCGGGUGCUGGUGGCACCGGUGGUGCUGGCGGGUAUGGUGGUGGUGACGGUGGGUUUGGCGGUGGUGGGGGAAGUGGGGGUGUUAGUCCUCUCGCGCAUGGGAGGUCCGUGUCUAUGUCUGGAGCGCCCGUUGCUGGAUUUGGCGGCGGAUCCCAGGGGCACAGCCCGCGGAUUCCCGCGCCCUCUCCUAUGGAAGGAGCCGUAGCGGCUGUAGCACCUGUAGCAUCUGUAGCAGCUGUAGCACCUGUAGCGGCCGUGUCAGCAGGCACUUCGCCGUCUGGCCGCUACAGAGAGUCCCCGCCAGCAGGGGUGCCCUUUGGUGCUGCGCCUGCUGCCGGGAACGCUGCUGCUUUGAAUCGGCAAGGGAGUGGAGGGAUGGGAGGGGGAUUCGGAGGAGGGAUGGGAGGAGCGGUGGGGGCAGGGAUGGGCGCAAAUGUGGGCAGAGGAAUGGGAGGAAGCACGGUCGGAGGAAUUGGGGGCAACAUGGGCGGAGGUGUCGGGGGAGGAAUGGGUGGAGGAGUGGGGGGAGGAGUGGGGGGAGGAAUGGGCGGCGGAAUGGGCGGCGGAAUGGGAGGAGGAAUGGGCGGAGGAAUGGGUGGAGGAAUGGGAGGAGGAAUGGGCGGAGGAAUGGGUGGAGGAAUGGGAGGAGGAAUGGGAGGAGGAAUGGGCGGAGGAAUGGGCGGAGCAAUGGGCGGAGGAAUGGGAGGAGGAAUGGGCGGAGGAAUGGGCGGAGGAAUGGGCGGAGGUAUGGGCGGAGGAAUGGGCGGAGGGCCUAUAGCUCCAGGACCAGGAGGAAUGACGUCACCAGGGGGCAUGAUGACGCCACCAGGAGGUAUGGCAACGGCACCAGGAGGUAUGGCAACGCCACCCGCUAGCAGCUCCAAGCUCUCAACGCGAUCCGCGUCUCCCUUGCGGAUCAAGCCUGGCGUGCCCAAGCUCGAGCCUCUCCCAGUCUCUGUCACCAAAUCCCCCGUCGCCUCCCCAAGAGCCGCCACAGACAGGCCGCCGCUGCCGUUUGAACCUUCUCAGAACUCUCAGAAUCCGAUGUUUCCCAAAUCGGCAAGCCAAACGUCUACUCCUGGCCAGGUGUCGAGGGUCGGUUCGAUGAAUGACGGGCAUGGGAGGGAUGUUGUUGGGCUGCCUGGAGGGUCGGGGUUCGGGCAGCAAUUCGGGCAGCAAAAUUUAGUGCAGCCGUUAGGGCAGCAAACAGGUCCGCCGUUUGGGCAGCCAGGGCAGCCGUUGGGGCAGCAGGUGCAGCAGCAGUUGGGCAGAGAAGGAAUGCUUCCCUGGCAGCAAUUUCCCAAAUCCUCCAGCCAGGCGUCCACCCCUGGGAACCUCUCCAGGGGAGGUUCCACUAACGAGGGCUCCAUGCUCGUGCCUCCAGGAGGCUCUUCUAUAGUCACAGCAGCAGGUGCUGGAGCGGAAGCUGCUGGGCAUGAGGAGGGGGACUCGUGGGUGCCGCAGAGAGGACGGUGGAAGAAGGGCAGCAGAAUCGGGUCGGGAGGAUUUGGUUCCGUGUACAAAGGAAGCGACAUUGACACUUCACGAGUGUUUGCUGUCAAGGAGGUCAACAUCUCAGACCACUCUUCGAUCUCUCAGCUCGUGCAGGAGAUUGACACGUUGAAGAAAAUGCGUCACAAGCGCAUUGUCCGAUACCUGGGCUCAGAAACUGACGACAAGUGCAUGUACCUGUUCCUCGAGUACAUGGACACGUCUCUAUCCAAGUACCUGGAGGACUUUGGCCCCUUGGAGGAGCACCAGAUCGCCAAGUACACUCGCCAGCUGCUGGAGGGGCUGGCUUACCUGCAUGACAACAACAUCGUGCACCGAGACGUGAAGGGGAAGAACAUUCUGCUGGAUACCAAGGGAAACGCCAAGCUUGCUGACUUUGGUGUGGCGAAAUACGUGGAGACGCCAUCAGAUAUGUCGGGCAUGCGCGGCACUGUGUGGUGGAUGGCGCCUGAGGUGAUCAACAAGCGGCCGGAGGGGUACAACUGGCCCGUGGACAUCUGGAGUUUGGGAUGCACUGUUAUUGAGAUGGCCAUGAAGGUUGUGGACAAGCGCCUGCGCAUUCCCUGGCUCGACAUCGAAGGCAAGCCGCCCUGGGGGGCGUCACCCACUGACGGGAUGGCGGCUAUUCUGAGAAUAGGCGGCACCCAAACCCCCCCGCCCAUCCCCAACCAUCUCUCCGACUGCGCUAAGGAUUUUCUCCGCCACUGCCUCGCAGUCAACCCCUCCCACCGCCUGCGCGCGCACAAGCUCAUGCAGCAUGUGUUUGUCGCAGGGCCAGCGCCCCCCACUUCCAUGCCCAUAGGCAUGGGCAUGAGCGGUGCAGGCAUGAGUUCGAGUCAUUUGGACGCUCCUCGCUCCCCCAGCGGUGGCGAUGGGUUUGGUGGUGGAGGGCCAGUGGGGCAUUGGAAUCAGAGAGACGUUUCCCCCCACCGAGCCUCGUCCCUCUCCAUUCCUCCUCACGACCGUCCCCACAACUUCCCCAUGCAAGGCCCCCAUACGGCCCCCCUGCACCAGUCACCCAGCCAGUACCCCUACUCUUCCCAGCAGAACCCAUACCACCACCCCCAACCGCAGCAGAACCCCUCUUACCCCCAGAGGCCUUACGACCACUACCCCCCACCGCAGCCUAACCAGUACUCGCAGCAGAUGUGGCAGGGUGGGGGAGGGGGAGGAGGGGGGGCAGGGGGAGUAGGGGGGCGGAUGGGGGGUGGGUGGGAACAGGGGGCAGAGGGUAUGGGUGGGUAUGGGUCUUCAACUCAAGUUUCUGGUGCUGGUGGUGGUGGUGGUGGUUAUUCUGGUGGUAUGCGUGGGGACAUGAGAGGAGGCAUGGGCCCAGGCAUGGUAGCAGGCUCGGGAUCAGGUAUGGGUCCAGGUUCGGGGCCAGGCCCGGGAGCUGGUAUGGGCUCCGGACCAGGCCCAGCACAGGGAGUGGCGUACCGUGCAGUGCCUGAUCCGGACCUCGCAAGCCCCCCGUUUGAGUCACCCUAUACUGCUCCUGACAUUCCCCUGGACUACCACCAGCAGAACGGCACUAACUACCCCGAGCAGGUGCUUCUCGCCCCAGCAUCUCCUGACGGUCUCUUCAUGUUUGUACGAUUCAUCAUCCCCAACAUCGUGCCGUUAAGCGCAUGCGAGAAGAGGCACCAGCUGCCAAUCGACCUGCUCACAGAACUGGGGGAAGAAGCAAGACGUGACAUCAAGUCUAGUGUCGGGACAGCAGGUUUUGGGGAGGAGGAAAAGGACGAGGAGGACGAGGGAGAGGAGGCGAAGGAGGGGGAGGAGGGGGGGGAGGGAGAGGAGGGGUUGGUGGAAGGCGGGAUGGGGGAGAGCAAGUGCAGGCGCAAGCACUCUGUGCUCUAUGGCACGGACCCAAACGCCCUCAACCAGUCGGUCAGUGGUCGUUCCUUCCGCUAUGCCUUUGCAGGGGGCACAGACGGAGCAUACGUAUCGGGAGAUACCUUCUUCAUCCCCAUCGGCCCUCUCCUCCCCUCCACACGCUACUACUACCGAAUCGAGGGUUCCCCCACCACCCACUCCUUCACCUCGCUGCCGGCCCCUGGCUCUGCUUACCCCUUCAAAGUCGCACUCGUGGGCGAUGUGGGUCAGACGCUCAACAGCAGCACCACGUUUGAUAACGUAAAGGCAGGCAGCCCUAGUCUUGUGCUGUUCGCGGGGGACCUGAGCUACGCCGAUAAGUACGGCCCACCGCACUGCACCCCUGUGGACUCAGAUCAAUCCCUCCCCGAGGCUGAUUCUCCUGAGUCUCUUGGAGGAAGCGAGAGCGAGAUGGAGCGCGAGAGGAAGGGCAAGAUAUGUGGGCUGGGCGGAGUGCGGUGGGACUCCUACGGCCGCUUGUCUGAGAAAGUAUUCGCCCAUAUCCCUGUAGCUCACGUGCCAGGGAACCAUGAGAUCGAGCUCGUGCCGAGGUGGGGCGAGCUGCGUCCAUUCAAGGUGUAUUCUGCGCGCAUCCCCCCUCUUCUGCACCACCACCACCCGCUGCUCGCGAGCCUGCUGGCCAAGGUGAAGAUUACGAGGUGCUUCACACCGCUCUUCUACUCCCUUGAUAUCGGCCCCGUGCAUGUGAUCGCCAUCAACUCCUACUCUCCCUUCAUCAUCUACACGCACCAGUGGUACUGGCUGCGGGACGACCUGUGCCAUAUCGAUCGCAACAAAACCCCGUGGGUCGUGGCAUUCAUGCACGUGCCUCUCUACAACAGCAACGACGGGCACUACCUGGAGGGCGAGCCGAUGCGGUACGAGAUAGAGGAGUGGUUGCACGAGGCGGGAGUUGAUUUGGUGGCAAGCGGGCACGUGCAUGCAUACGAGCGCAGCUACCCGGUGUAUGGGAUGAAGAGGAUGGAGAACGGGUGUGCUGCCGUGCAUGUCACGGUCGGUGAUGGCGGCAAUAUUGAAGAAAUUGCUGGCCCGUUCCUUGAGCCACAGCCGUCGUACAGCGCAUACCGUGAGGAAUCUUUCGGGCAUGCAGAGCUCGUUUUCAACGACAACCACACCGCCACCUACAGCUGGUGCACUUCCUUCCCCCCCCUCUGCACUUCCUUCCCCACUUCCUUCCCCCCCUCUGCACUUCCUUCCCCCCCCUCUGCACUUCCUUCCCCCCCCUCUGCACUUCCUUCCCCCCCUCUGCACUUCCUUCCCCCCCCUCUGCACUUCCUUCCCCCCCCUCUGCACUUCCUUCCCCCCCCUCUGCACUUCCUUCCCCCCCCUCUGCACUUCCUUCCCCCCCCUCUGCACUUCCUUCCCCCCCCUCUGCACUUCCUUCCCCCCCCUCUGCACUUCCUUCCCCCCCCUCUGCACUUCCUUCCCCCCCCUCUGCACUUCCUUCCCCCCCCUCUGCACUUCCUUCCCCCCCCUCUGCACUUCCUUCCCCCCCCUCUGCACUUCCUUCCCCCCCCUCUGCACUUCCUUCCCCCCCCUCUGCACUGCUGCUUUUUGGUAACCACGUUCAAACACAACCCUCUGAUCUGCUAA